AUGCAUUUCGCUUCCGUCAUCGCCCUUCUUUCUGCCCUCGGCACCGUAUCGGCAUCGCCACGCCAUGGAAUUCGAAGCCAGUGUGUCGGCCGCGCGACAGCUUCCACCCACCCGUUUGAAGGCAGGAAGCUAUACGCCAACCCAGAGUGGGCUCAGAAGCUUGAGAUAACCCACAAAAGUUUCUUAAACAAGGGCGACACCACAAACGCCGGAAAGGUCCGCACGAUCCAGAACAUCGGCACCUUUGUGUGGGUCUCCAACACCGCCAUGCUGGCCGACAUCGACACCGCCAUCAAGGGCGCCCGCGCGGCCCAGGCGAAGACCGGCCAGAAGCAGACCGUUGGUUUGGUGCUGUACAACCUUCCCGACAGAGACUGCAGCGCGGGAGAGAGUGCCGGCGAGUCCAGCGUCGACAAGAACGGACUACAGCUGUACAAGGAUACCUUUAUCAAGCCCUACACGGAGAAGCUGGCUGCCGCGACCGAUCUGCACUUUGCCGUGAUCCUCGAGCGCGAUGCUUUGGCCAACGCUGUCAUGAGCACGGUAGUUGGAAACGUACGCUUGUCGAGAAAGCCUCUUGCUGACUGUGAUCAAUGUAGGACGUCUCGCUCUGUACCAAGACCAAGACGUCGUACGAGGAUGGUAUCGCUCAUGCCAUCGCAAGCCUGCAUGCAGUACGACCAUGUCAGCUUAUAUAUCGGUGCCGCCAACGGAGGUUGGUUGGGCUGGGAUAGCAAUCUGGGCCCUGCGGCCGAGGAGUUUUCCAAGGUUGUGAAGGUGGCUGGCAAGAAUGCAAUGAUUCGUGGAUUUUCGACCAACGUCUCCAACUACAACCCCUUGUUUGCCAACCAGCCCCUGAGUUACGCCAGGGGGAGCAAGUCCUAUGACGAGAGCCACUAUGCCCUCUCUCUCGCUCCUCACCUCGAGGCCAAUAGCUUGCCUUCCCAGUUCAUCAUCGACCAAGGCCGUAUUUCAUACAGCAGAAAGGAUUGGGGUGAGUGGUGCAAUGUCAGCCCUGCCGGCUUCGGCAUGUAG